UUGAAGGUGGUGGUGUUGAGGUCGUGAUGAAAUCAAUAUGGUGUCUCUGGAAGACGACCGGUGGGGAGGUGAAUAAUAAAGAAAAAUAUUUUGUGAAUUAUACUAUGGUGUAUAAAAGGCUUCCGUUCUAGAGAAAGAGAAGUCCGCAGGUCAACACAGGACGUGAGACAAGAAACAUUUACUGCUUAUUUGCUAUUGCUAAUUUCGACUGUAACACCGACGCAAAUAAAUGCAACCGGAGUUAAAUUAAAUCUUUCUUCUGGGAAAGGGAAGUACAAGAAGUAAUACUGUCUGAAAGAGCAGCGUGGCUAACACCUUGACAAAGCAGUGGCCGCUCAUACUGGAGCAGUCGCCGAGUGAUGAUGGGCUGAAGGAGAGACUGUAUCCGGACUGUCCCGUAGCAGACAAAGACUGUGGAAUCGCAGGGAAAUAUCCAUCUUGGUGAUUGACGGGGUCAGGGCGGUGCAAGAGCCAUCCCGGCGAUACUCGGCGGCAACGACAACAGGGGAUAUUCACUUCGGCGAACAAAUGCCAGGCCUGUCAACGGAGACGUAAACAAAUCGCGGCGCAUGCCUGGCUGUUGGUUGACCGGCCAUCCUCUGUUCCUAUUCUACUCUGCAGGCCUCUUUACUGUUCUUCCCCUCAUUGUUUUGUAUUACUGAGGAUAGGUGUUGGCGUUUUAAAAAAUAUUUUUAAAAGACUUUAAUGUCUUUGGACUUGGUUAUAAGGCGAGGAUUACGUACACGUAUGUUAAUAGAUGGACAAGAAAGGAUAGUAGAAGCUAACGUUUGUUAUCCACCCUUCAGCAACCAGCACUCUUCGCGGAAACUUAAGGAUUAAGGACAUUGAUUAUCCUCGUCAAACAAAAAUAAGAAAUAAGCACACAUGGGGAUAGAAUAAAUAUAAACUGGUCAAGAAGACGAAGGAUCAGAGUUUUGUGAGGACAGCUGACAGCUGUGUUUUGUAUACAGGAAGCAAAUUGAACUAAAAUGAGUUUGUACCGGAAGAUGGAUGUCGAGGAAUUUGUACCGCCCCCAGAGUGUCCAGUUUUUGAACCUACGUGGGAAGAGUUCGCCGACCCACUUGGGUACAUCGCUAAAAUUAGACCCAUCGCAGAGAAGUCCGGCAUCUGCAAGAUCCGACCUCCAGGGGACUGGCAGCCACCAUUUGCUGUGGAAGUAGAUAAUUUCCACUUCACUCCUCGAGUGCAGAGGCUCAAUGAGCUUGAGGCUGAGACACGGGUGAAGCUAAACUAUCUGGACCGCAUUGCCAAAUUUUGGGAAAUUCAGGGAUCAUCACUGAAGAUACCUAACAUUGAAAGAAAGAUUCUAGACCUUUAUAGCCUGGGCAAGAUUGUAACAGAGGAGGGAGGUUAUGAAGCAAUAUGUAAAGAUCGAAGGUGGGCACGUGUUGCUCAGAGACUUGGCUAUCCCUCUGGAAAGAACAUUGGUUCCUUGCUGCGCUCUCAUUAUGAAAGAAUUGUAUAUCCCUUUGAGAUGUUCCACUCAGGAGGAAACUUCAUGCCAACUAAACCGCGCCAGCAUUAUGAGAGUGAAGAUAAGGACAAGGAGUAUAAACCACACAGUAUCCCUCUGAGGCAGUCUGUACAGCCACCAAAAAUCAGCACUUAUGGUCGUAGAGCCAAUCGCCUGAAGCCUGACGAUUCGGAGAGUUCAGAAGUGCCACCGAACCAGCAACUUUCCAAACCUGAUCCUGACCCUCAUCGCACUUGGCCUGAACCCACAGAAGAAGAUAUUGAAAAGAAUCCUGAACUGAAGAAACUGCAGAUUUAUGGAGCUGGACCCAAAAUGAUGGGUUUGGGACUUGUUCCAAGAGACAAGGCAAUGAGAAAGAAAGAUGAACUGCCACAGACUGUCAUUGUGAAAGAUAGCAUAUCAAUAAAAGAAGAGCCUUUGUCACCAGGAGGACACGAUAAUGCUGAUAAGGACACUUUAACUGAUCAGCAUGAUGCAGAAGUGAAGUCUGAGAGCCCAAGCCAGGAGCCCUGCACUAAGAUGACAAUGCGGCUUCGGCGAUACAAUAACAGUUCACAAUUUGUGGACUCCUUUGUGUGUCGAAUGUGUGGCCGAGGAGAUGAGGAUGACAAACUGUUAUUGUGUGACAGCUGUGAUGAUAAUUACCACACGUUUUGCCUUCUUCCUCCAUUACCUGAAACACCCAAGGGAGAUUGGAGGUGUCCCAAGUGUGUAGCUGAGGAGUGUAAGAAGCCUGCAGAGGCAUUUGGAUUUGAGCAAGCUACACGAGAAUAUACACUGCAGAGUUUUGGAGAGAUGGCAGAUGCCUUCAAGUCAGACUAUUUCAAUAUGCCAGUCCAUAUGGUUCCCACUGAAUUAGUGGAGAAAGAAUUUUGGCGGCUUGUAAGCAGUAUUGAAGAAGAUGUUACAGUUGAGUAUGGGGCAGACAUCCACUCCAAAGAGUUUGGUAGUGGAUUUCCAAUAAAUGAUGGGAAGAGGGUCCUAACACCAGAGGAGGAGGAAUAUGCACGCAGUGGUUGGAACCUUAAUGUGAUGCCAGUCCUUGACCAGUCAGUGCUGAGCCACAUAAAUGCAGACAUUUCUGGAAUGAAGGUGCCAUGGCUUUACGUGGGGAUGGUUUUCUCUGCUUUUUGCUGGCAUAUUGAAGACCACUGGAGCUACUCUAUUAACUACCUCCAUUGGGGAGAACCUAAGACGUGGUAUGGUGUUCCAUCAUUUGCGGCAGAGCAUUUGGAGGAGGUAAUGAAGAAACUAACCCCAGAGUUGUUUGAAAGCCAGCCAGACCUGCUUCACCAGCUUGUGACCAUCAUGAACCCCAAUAUACUGAUGAAUCAUGGUGUCCCGGUUGUCCGGACGAAUCAGUGUGCUGGAGAAUUUGUCAUCACGUUUCCUCGAGCAUACCAUAGUGGAUUCAACCAAGGUUAUAAUUUUGCAGAAGCUGUAAACUUCUGCACUGCUGACUGGCUCCCAGCUGGUCGUUCAUGUAUUGAACAUUACCGCCGCCUGCGCCGCUACUGUGUUUUUUCUCAUGAAGAGCUAACUUGUAAAAUGGCUGCCUGUGCAGAGAAGCUUGAUCUGUCCCUUGCUGCAGCAGUACAUAAGGAAAUGUUCAUAAUGGUGCAAGAAGAGAGGAAACUGCGAAAAUCCCUGCUGGACAAGGGGAUAACUGAAGCUGAGCGGGAAGCUUUUGAGUUACUUCCUGAUGAUGAGCGCCAAUGUGACAAGUGCAAAACCACCUGCUUCCUUUCAGCCUUAGCAUGUUAUGACUGUCCAGAAAAGCUGGUGUGCUUGUACCACAUUGAUGACUUGUGCCACUGUCCAGCUGAUCGACAGUAUCUCAGGUACCGGUACACCCUGGAUGAAUUACCAACAAUGCUGCAUAAAUUGAAGGUGCGUGCAGAAUCUUAUGACACCUGGGCUAGCAAAGUCAAGAUUGUUCUUGAACCAGAAGAGGAAAAGAAGCGUGACAUUGAAGAUUUGCAGGCCCUUUUAACUGAAGCAGGUGACAAAAAAUUCCCAGAUAAUGAGCUUCUGAACAGAUUAAAGGCCACUGUCACGGAAGUUCAGCAGAGUGUGACAGAAUGUACAAGGUUGUUGAAAAAGAACCCUAUCCAGAAAAGUUCACAGAAAAUGACAGUGGAUGAACUUAAGGUUUUUGUGGAGCAGAUGAAGUCUCUGCCUUGUAGAAUCUCAGACAUCUCAGAUGUCCAGGCUCUCUUAGUAGAUGUUGAACAUUAUCAGCAUUGCGUCCAGGACUUAUUGAAAGACACUGCCCUUGACCCAGCACCACCCUCUCAAGUUCAAGAACUUCUGGACCAGGGAGCUAAUCUUCCAGUAGAUACUCCUGAGCUGGAACUCCUGAAAGGACUGCAAGAGCAAGCACAUUGGCUUAGUGAGGUUACACAAGCCCUCACAUCUUCAGAGUCUCAGGUUACUCUAGAAGUGAUGAGGUCACUAAUGGAGGCUGGCUGCAACAUCCCACAGAGCUCUGCUGUGGAGAAGGCAAUGGCAGAGUUACAGGAGCUACUCACCAUUUCUGAGAGAUGGGAAGAGAAGGCUCAGAUUUGUCUGGAAGCCAGACAGAAACAUCCUCCUGCCACCCUGGAUACCAUCAUCAAGGAGGCACAGAACAUUCCUGUACACCUGCCUAAUAUUCUGGCACUAAUGGAGGCUCUGAAUAAAGCAAAGGCAUGGAUAGCCGACGUUGAGGAGAUCCAGAAUGGAGAUCACUAUCCUUGCUUAGAUGAUUUGGAGGGUCUGGUGGCCAUUGGGAGGGACCUUCCAGUCCAACUGGAAGAACUGCGACAUCUGGAACUUCAGGUGGUCAGUGCACAUACAUGGAGAGAGAAAGCCAGUAAGACAUUUCUUAAGAAGAACUCCUGUUACAGCUUACUAGAAGUUUUAUGCCCCUGUGCUGAUAUUGGCUCUAAUGGAGUAAAACGUGCCAAGUUUAGAAGAGAACGUGUAAAAGAGCGAGACUGGUCCCUCUACAAGUCUGAUAUUGAGAGCCUAGGUUUGUCUGCACAAGAUCUGCGAGAUCCUGGCUCAAUUGUUUCUGCUUUCAAAGAUGGAGAGCAAAAAGAGAAAGAGGGAAUCCUCCAUCUACAGAAGGUCAAUAUGUCUAAGCCAGGUGUAACAGAAAGCCUACACACGGACUCUUACCCUUCCAUAUGCAUCUGCAGCUCACCACCCCAGUUGCCUGUGUUACGAUGUGACUUGUGCCGUGACUGGUUUCACGGAGGCUGUGUUCCUUUCCCAAAGCUUUUAGCCAAUCACAGUUCCCUAUCUGUUUAUUGGUGGGAAUGGGACUCUAAAUUUUUGUGCCCACUCUGCCAAAGGAGUCGGCGACCACGUUUAGAGACCAUUUUGGCAUUGCUUGUUGCAUUACAGCGGGUGCCAGUGCGAUUACCAGAAGGCGAGGCAUUACAGUGUCUGACAGAAAGAGCAAUUAAUUGGCAGCAUAGGGCAAGACAGGUGCUUGAUGCUUCUGAACUACAGAAAGCACUGGACAAACUGGCUGAGAUGCAAGACCAACUGACAACACAGGAGAACAAGGGAAGUAUUGGGUAUUGCAGAGACAAGCACAGCCCUGAUGAGCCAGAGGACAACGAGGAGAAACAUGAAAAAGAUGACACAAAGAACACAGUGCUGUCUCAGGAAAAUGGGGAUAGCAGAAAAGAAAAUGUCAGUUCAUCUAUAACAGGUCUGGAUAAAAUGAGUGCAUUGUUGCCUAGGCUGGAAGGACCUGUUAUUAACCUGACUUUAGACACCCAAUUGGAAUUGGAAGAUCUUCUGAUUGAGGGGGAUCUUCUGGAGGUGUCACUUGACCAGAGCCAGAUCAUCUGGAAAGUACUUCAGGCAGCAAAACAACCUCCCCUUGAAAAGCUUAGUCAACUAAUAGAAUUCGAACGACUAGAGACUCGGACAGGCAAAGGAAGAGCAAAGGACUCUGAUAAAAAAAGGAAGAGAAAGUCUGAGAGAGGAAAUAUCGAUGGGGUUGGAGUAAGAGUGGGCUCAACUCAGCUUCUGUCUACGUCACAAGAUGAGUAUGAAACAAAAAAGACAAAACCAGAAGUAGCAUUGCCCCUUCACAGAAAUGGAUUUGAGCAUUUGUGAUGGCAAUGGAGGGAGUGAUUUUACUUACAGUUGAAAAAGGAGCAAACUGGACUCUCAUCAUCAUUCAGAUCCUGACAACCUUCUUGUUUUGUCUUGCCUAUGCUUUUGGUAAACAAGGCUGGGUUCGUUGACAGGAAUGAAAGUACCAUCUCUCACUCCCACUGUCAUGGCCCCCAGUGCAGCUGUGGGAAAACACACAAACUUUGGAGAGAUGGCUACUGAAUUGAUGAAGUUCGCCUUGGUUAUGUUAAGUGAGCAAGAGGCAUGAAAAGGACACAUUCUCUGUUGUGCUUUUAUUUUUGCCUUGUACUUCAAGGUCCAGAAAUUAGAAUGUUUCUCCUCCAGGGGCAUCAUUUGGGCUUGUCCUCUUCUCACCUUGGUUCAGCCUUGUGUUCUGUUCAUAAAUUUUUCUUGCUUUAAAGGUUUUCAUAAAUUUUUUACUACUGUACUUUGCUUUCCAAAGCAGAAACUUUCAACUGGCCCCAAUCGUGAUUGCAUAGGCAGUCCAUGGAUUCGGUGGAGCAGUGAAACCCAGUGGUCGGAUGUGUUGCUCCUUCAGGCAUCUCUCACCAUGUGUUGUUUUCUGUAAUCCUUGGUCUGUCACAUCUCCAACAUGUGGCAGCUAGAGUUUGUGGGCCUUUACUGGCUAAUCAAAAUGUUAAGUACAGAACUGUGGGCCCCAUGGAUGGUUUGUAUUCAUACCAUUUGUGAAAAGUUUGAAUUGGUGAAGGUGUUUUUAAAAUGAACCAUUUUGUGGGCACCCAGGAAAACAGUCUCUUGAACAAAUUCAUUGCUCCUCCAAGGAGCAUGCAUGACACAUAACCAGGCGUGGAUUUGCAACAUGUGUGCACUUUCCUUUGAAACAAUGAAUUAGGGUUUCAGCAGUGCACAAAUAAAGUAGAGGCUUGACAAAUUUCUCUGUCUCCACUGACCAGGAGCAGAGUGAGUGAGUAAGGGAAAGGGAGUAAAGGGGCCUCCAUUUGUAUGUGGGCAGAGUCUAGUUCGUGAAGCCCAAAUGCCUGAAGGUCAGCCCACCCCUUCCUAAAGGCCUGGACCAAGACUGCAGUCUGCACAGUGGUUUUCUUGAGAAGGGAGAGUGUCCAUAACCAUGGAAACAUUUGCUAACUUUUUUGGUCACGGACUUAUUCUUUUGUAAGCUUUAUUUAACAAUGUUUCAUAGUUUUUUCUGCACUUUCACACUGGGGGACAAAUGAGCAUGUGGGUUAAAAAAUACUUGUAAAUGUAAGCUAAACUGUUCCAUCUGGUGCAGUGCGAUGGCCAUACUGGAGUCACACUAAUCACACAUGACAGUGAUGGGAGCUGUCACCUUGAAACCAGAAGCAUUACUGUGCCCUUCUCAGGAGAAGGAAGUGGCAAGGCAGAGAUUCACAAUUACUAAAAAUGAAAACAAAAGCAGCUUUUUGGUGCUAUUCUUUCCAACAGGUCUAAAUUUUUUUUCCCUUGGACAGCAAGACUUUUUUGUUUGUUUUUACUGUAAUUAUUACAAUACCAUUUGCUUGUAAUUAUUUGUUCAAACUUUUAUUCAAAUGUUGCCUUUGUUUAUUUUUCUUGUUAGAAAUAAAGAUUAGACACAACUGUUUUGAAUUA